AUGAGCCAACCUGUACCGAUGCGAGCUGCCGGUUCAGGAGCUUCCGGUAGCGGGAAUCAAGCUCGUCCGGUAUCACUUAGAUCGGAUGAUUCAAAUUCACCACAGCCUCGGAAAUUGGAAGUGGUGUCCAAACAAGCCACUAAAGUUACAGCCCUUUCAACAAAGUUAGAAUGGAAAAUCGAGCAGUUUGAAAAACUUAUGAAACUCGUGAAAAAUGGAUGCAAUUUAAUUAGUCGGCAAUUCAGUGUACCCCAAGCUCCCACAGUCUGUUGGGAGCUUCAUGUCUAUCCAAAUGGAAAGAGAGAAGAAGAUAUGAACAAUGUCUCAUUUUUCUUAAGACAAGUUGGAUUACAAAGAGGAGAAGAGCCCAUAAUGACAGAAUUUCAAAUUUACACGUUGGAUGCUAACUCCCAAAGAAUAAGCGUUUGUAGAGAUACAAAAGAUUUUACGAACCAGCAAGGUCGCGGGAAAUUUCAAGUGUCUAGGGAUAAAAUGAUGGGUGCACUGAAAGCGGAUGGAUCAUUGUUUUUGAUUUGCGAGGUCGAGUAUUUCCCUCCAGGCUCAAAAAUUUCGGUAGAGCCGGUCGAUGAUGAUAGCUUUAUUGAAGAUAUUGACGAGAAAACUGAACUGUCGAUCCGUGAUAGCAACCGAGAUAUGUGGGAAAACGAAUUGUUCACCGAUUGCGUUAUCAAGGUUGGAAACAAGCAAAUCAAGGCGCACAGAUGUAUUCUCGGGCAACACUCGCCAGUUUUUCGCUCAAUGUUUUCUAGUGAGACCAUGAUUGAAGCGCAGAAAGGUGUCAUUGAUAUUCUUGAUGCGAAAUAUGAAAGCGUAAAAGCAAUGGUUGAAUUCAUGUACACCGGAAACACUGAUGCCUUGGAUUCGCAUUCAAUCGAUGAAAUUCUGGCGAUAGCUGACAAAUAUGAAGUGCUUCCUUUGAAAGAGCAAUGCGAGCGUUUAAUAGCACUGACAAUUAAUCAUAAAAAUCUUACAAACAUUGCUGUCUUUUCAGACACCUAUACAGCGAAUAUUUUGAAGCAGGCUGUCAUCCGGUAUCUCACGCUCAACCAUAAGAAUGUAAUCAAAACAUCGGAAUGGAAAAUGAUGAAAAAGGAGCGUCAUGAACUAGCCAAUGAACUUUUAGAAGCUGUUCUUACUGCUGGAAUGGACAUGCUUGAAGACGAUGGUGCAAGCUCAAGCUCUAUGGAUUGGAAGGUUACUAUUUUGACGUAUAACGUUGCUAUGAAGCAGUGCGAUGAAUCAGCGGUUGAUAAUUUUCUUCACAACUGCGGAGUGUCGUCGACAAGUAUAGUUACCAUUGGACUGCAGGAAGUCGCCCAUGCGGAGACGAUUGGUGGUGCGUUAGUUACCUGGGCAAAAGAGAUAACUGCGUGGAUGAAUGAGAAAAUGAAACUUGUGCUUCUGGCGAAAAAUUAUCAGGCGACAAACCAGAUAUUGAUUUUUGGAAAGAAGAGCAUUAUCCCAUUUAUUAAACGAAUUGAUUUUCGGUUUGCCAGAAACACCAUGGGUGGUCUAACUGGUCACAAAGGCUCUAUUGGUGUUCGCAUUCAAUUGAGAAGCCCAUAUUCAAUAGUGUUUGUUGAUAGUCACUUCGUCCACGAUGCAGCUGCAUAUCAAAAACGAAUUGCGCAAUAUCAUACGAAUCGGGUUUGCUCAUUUCCCGAUGAUUCAAGUGUUCGCGCUACAUUUUGGUUCGGCGAUUUAAAUUUUCGUUUGGAAGAAGAAACGUCGACGGUUAUUCGUAAAAUUAAAGCCAAGAGUUAUUUGGACUUACUUGAUUCGCGAGAGCAGCUCAAACGGGCAAUUAUUGAGGAGGAGGCAUUUUCGGGUUACUCUGAACAAUCGAUCAGUUUUCCGCCAACAUAUCGAAUGUUUAUGGGAACCACUGAACACGAUCCGAAACGCACUCCAUCGUGGUGUGAUCGUGUUCUUUUCAAGGGCUCGAGUGUCUCACCGGAAGAAUAUUGCUCUAUUGAAGAUGCUCUCGCGAGUGAUCAUCUUCCCGUUCGAGCAAAGUUUUCAAUUCAUCAUCUACCGACGUGGUAUUCAUCAAUACCGUUAGUUGGAAGGUUUCAAGUCAAUCACGAGUUCUAUCAGGCAAAUGGCAGCUAUCGAGAUUGGGUCGGAGUGUUUCCCAUAUCCAUCGACGACUGCACACAAUCAAAACACUGGAUCUAUUUCGCCACUUGCUUUGAGCAAACAAUCGAGGGACAAAAAUACUAUACUUGUGAAUUCGCCGACGUGCCGCCCGGCAGCUACCGUCUUGGCUAUUAUUCAACUUAUCUCAACUGUCUAGUCGGACUUUCAAAAUCGUUUCAAGUCAUCGAACAACCCUAA